GACAUGAAGCUGCCUGUAUUAUUUCUUGUGCCAGUGUUCUCACUUUUGUCGCACAAUUCAUCUGCUAAACAGAUUAGAAGGCAUAUCUAUGGACCUUUAAAAGAUGGAGAAUAUUGUCAGAAAGACUACUUCGAAAUUGCUAAGGGUUGGUUGGAGGAAAGGUACUGCAAGAAAAGCAGAAGAGGAUAUGAAAAUAAUGAUACAGAACAUUCUAAUACAUGUACCAAAAUCAAAACGAGGCCGACCACACAAUCACCAAAAGGAAAGAACAUCACUGGCGAACAAAUCCCCAUUAAAGAGCAAAAUCGUAAUGUUUCUACUUCGACGUCAACACCAACAACAAAGGUGUACAAUCAAACGAAGAAAGCUCCACCAUCCCUGAAAACACAGACAAUGACACCUAGUGGAAUUAGUCUUGAUGUUAAAAACCACACAAAGAGUAAUGAUAUGUCUUCUACAAAGGAAACUGACACAGCGUGCAAAACCCAAGCCUGCAAUGUUGCUCCUUACAUUUGGAGUAGAGUGAUUGUGUCAAGCAUAGCUGUGGCAGCCCUUAUAAUCAUGGUUUGCAUUUAUUGUAGGUGCAAGAAAUAA